CGGGCUUAGGAGAACUGUCCGUCACCGGAGCUACAAUAACACGUGUGGCGGUCAUGGUCGGCGAGCGGCGGGUAGUGUGAGUGUGGCUGUGUGUGAGAGUGUGAAUGACUGCGCUCCAGAAACACUGCCUCCGACGCAGUGUGCAGGGACCGGCAGAAGGCGUGUGCGUUAAGACUUACCCGCUAACCGCUACAUUCGCUUUCUCCGCACUGUCACUACUUCUGAUACUACUACUACUACUACACUGCAAUCCGAUCUGCCGUUAAAUAAUGUACGCGAAGCUAAACCAAAUAUCGCAGGCAAAAACGCGCUGAAUUAUGCAUGUACCGGCAUAGCCAGUUUGAGCGGUAACCUGUAGCUGCAGCGCUCGAAUCAGCCUGGGAAGAACAGACCCGAAGGGAGAAUAAGAAAAAUGUCACAUUAUCAUUUCAUCAAAUGCUGUUGCUUCCAGCUAUGUAACGUCUUUCGCUCGCAGAACAUGGAGAUUGACCAGUGUCUGCUGGAGUCUUUGCCCCUGGGCCAGCGGCAGCGGCUGGUGCGUCGCAUGCGUUGCGACCAGGUCCGCGCCUACUACGAGCGCGAGCGCGCCCUGCAGAAGCAACAGUGCCAGCUCCACGGCGCCAGCGGUGCCACGACCGCCACCGCAGCGGGCACCACCACCACCACCACCGCUCCCAGUGCCAGUGCCAAAGCCCGCGGCACAGGCCACCGCAAGAAGCAACGUGUCACCUUCCCACUGGCCAGCGUGAUCCAGGACGCCGUCAUGAGGCAUGACGACAAAGAAGUGUUGAAGCUGUUGAAGGAGGGGGCUGAUAUCAACACCCCACUCUCCUCAGGAGGCUCUCUGCUACAUCUGUGCGCUCGCCAUGACAACGUGUUUGCGGCGGAGGUCCUGAUUGAGCGCGGGCUGAAUGUGAACCUGCAGGACGAGGACCUGUGGACGGCUCUCCACGUGGCCUGUGCCUGCGACCACCCAGACAUGGUGCUGCUGCUGCUGCUGGGGGCUAACGUGCUGCUGCAGGACGUGAACGGGAACAUUCCACUGGACUACGCCACCGAGGGGAUGGAGAGCCGCUACAUCCUGCAUGCCCACCUGGAGGAGAAUGGAGUAGACCUGAGCUCACUCCACCUUAUGAGGACCCAGAGGUCAUCCACUAUGCUGUCUGAUGUUCGGCAGCUGGUCAGUACAGGAGCCAGUCUAAACCAGCACAAUGAGGAAGGUGUCACACUGCUCCAUAUGGCGUGCGCCAGCGGCUAUAAGGAGGUGGUGUCCUUGUUGCUGGAGAGCGGCGCUGAUCCCCAGGUGGCCGACAACAACUACUGGACCCCCCUCCACCUGGCCUCCAAAUACGGACAGACACGCAUUGUCAGCCAGCUGUUGAAAUACAAAGCCGACCCAACUCUCCUCAACUGCAGCCAAGACAAAGCCUCAGAUGUUGCUGCAUCAGACCAUAUUGCAGACAUGCUGCUGAGGGCGGAGGAAUUCUGGGUGCAGCGCCAUAAGGACCCUGGGGUAGCCUUACCCAUGCCUGAUGAGAACUGUGAGGACCUCGCUCAGGAUGUGGCCACACCUGUUAAGAAGCUGGCGCCCCUGGCAGUGCCCAUCUCUAAGCGCGACAGUCUGCUGGAGAAGGACCACAUGUUCCGAGACGUAGCAGGAGCCCUGAGCAGACAGCCUUCUCAGGACAACGGCCUGGACGGACCAUACCCCAGCGCCACCAGCAAACUGGAGCAGGUGAAGCUGAUGCCCCCGGCGCCCAAUGAUGACCUGGCCUCCCUGAGUGAGCUGACGGACAGCAGCCUCCUCUACGAGAUGCAGAAGCGCUUUGGAAACGACCAGAUCUAUACUUACAUCGGACACAUCCUCCUGCUCGUCAACCCAAACAAGGACCUCCCUAUCUACUCUACCCUUGUGAGUCAGCUGUACCUGAGCUCCACUGGCCGCCUGUGCUCCUCCCUCCCGCCCCACAUCUUCUCCUCGGCUGAGAGAGCCUAUCACAUGAUGCUUCAGGAGCGACGCCCACAGUGCUUCAUCAUCAGUGGUGAGAGUGGUUCUGGGAAGACUGAGGCCUGUAAACACCUUCUGAAGCACCUGGCCGCUCGUUCCAGUCCCAAAGGCUUUGCCCUGGAGCCAAGGAUGAAGCAUGUCGACUGUGUGCUGGAGGCAUUUGGUCACGCCAAGACCCCGAUGAACCCCAACUCCAGCCGCUUCACCAAGCUUGUCACCGUCCACUACUGUGAAAAGAGAAGGACUAUUCUAAGAGCGCGUGUGCACACACACAUGCUGGAGAAGUCGCGUCUGAUCUGCCCGCCGCGGCAGCAGCUGAACUUCAGCGUGUUCCACCUGAUGGCCGAGGGGCUGUCCGCUGAGGAGAAGAGCAACCUGUACCUCAACAACCUGCUCACUCACAGGUUCUUGAGUGGCACAGGGGCAGGUGAGGCACCCGCGGUGGGCACUGCCAGUACCCAGAGCCGAGAGAGACUGACAGCCCUGAAGCAGUCCCUGCGAGCCCUCGGACUAAACAAACUGCAGGUGGAGAAUCUGCUGGUGGUGCUGUCGGCCCUGCUGCACCUGGGGGAUGUGCGCUUCACCUCCCUGGGCGACACCGACGCGGCCCUCCCCUCUGACCUGCAGCUGCUGGACAGAGUCUCGUGCAUGUUACAGGUGAAUCCAGACGAUCUCGGUGCAGCCCUCACUUCCGACGUCCAGUAUUUCAAAGGUGAUGUGAUCACCAGGCGUCACACAGUGGACAUGUCCAACCACACCAGGGACCUGCUAGCCAAAGCAGUCUACAGCCGCCUGUUCAGCUACCUGGUCAACAACAUCAACUACUACCUACAGGGCCCAGACGACACCGUGGGAGACCCUGCCCUGGAGAUUAGCAUCCUGGACAUCUUUGGCUUUGAGGAGUUCCAGAAGAACAGCUAUGAGCAGCUCUGCAUCAACAUGACGAGUGAACGGAUCCAGCAGUACGUCACAGAGGUGCUGUUCCAGCAGGAGCAGCAGGAGUGUCUGCAGGAGGGCAUCGCCUCGGAAACGCUGCGCUCCCCUGGCAACCAGACGGCUGUGCUGGACUUUUUCUUCAAGAAGCCCCAGGGUGUGCUGAGUGUGGUGGAUGAGGAGAGCCAGGCCCUGCGCUGGUCCGAGCACAGCCUUUACAAGCGGCUGCAGAGCCAGCUGGACACCAGUGGUUCCACUGAUGCUGUCUCCCUGACCACUAAAGACGGCAAUGGCAACCCUCCGCCCAAAGAUCAGGGGCCGUCUUUCACUGUCUCGCACUACGCUGGCAAGAUGACCUAUGACCUGACGGGCUCCCUGGAGAGGAACAGAGACGCCCUACCUCAGAAUGUUCUGUUUGUCAUGAAGUCCAGUGAGAGUGUGCUGGUCCAGCAGCUGUUCCAGUGUAAGCUGACUCAGACAGGCUCUCUGGUGCCUCCUGCCCACCACUGGCUCAACCUGCGCGGGCCCAAAGCAGGCCUCCUCCUGCAGAAGAGCCCCACACCCACCCCCUACACCGCCACCACCACCACCACCCGAGACCACAAGAAGUACCUGGAGCUCAGCAAGCUGGUCAAGAAGAAGGCAGGCAGCGGGCUUCUCCAGAGGCUGGACAGGGGUAGCCCCAUCACCAUGGCAACCCAGCUCAGGAACUCGCUGUUGGAGAUCACCAGCCGACUGCAGAGCUGCACGCCUCACUUUGUCCAGUGCGUGCGUCCCAACGCCGGCGGUCAGCCCGACGCCUUCCACAGCGCCCACGUGUCCACUCAGCUCCAGUACGUGGGCGUGCUCGAGAUGGUGCGCAUGAUCCGCUACGGCCACCCCGUCCGCCUUCCCUUCCACGCCUUCAUCAGCAGGUACAGGGAUCUGGUGGACACCACCCUCGGUGAGCGGAGGAAGCUGCCGGCGGAGGAGCGCUGUAGACACGUGCUGCAGCACUGCAAGCUCCAGGGCUGGCAGAUGGGCAGCAGUAAAGUGUUCCUGAGGUACUGGCAGGCUGACCACUUGAAUGACCGCUGCCAUCAACUUCACAAAAAAAUUGUCACCUGCCAGAAAGUGGCACGGGGCUGGUUGGUGCGCAAGCGUGUGCGGCGUCGCCUGACCGGCUCCAGCCAGCGCGGAGGCCGCAGCGGAAGCACCAGCGGCUGCAGCGCCCAGCGCUUCCUGCAGGGGGCCGAAGAGCUCGGCCUGCGCGCCUACGACAGCCUGGUGCUCCAGAACGCCUCGGACAUCGCCCGCGAGAACGACCGCCAGCGAGGGGCGCCCGCUACCGGACCGCAGCCCCUUGGCGAGAGGCCCGAACCUGUGGGCAAGGAGGAGGACUCCCCCAAGAGGCCUGUGGAGAAGUGUGGCCGAGCCCACCGGCACUUCCGCUCCAGCUCAGUGCCGCUCCCCCUGCAAGUGGACAACUUGGUACACUCUGCCGCCGCUGGCUCCUCCGUCAAACCUGCAGCCCUGCAGCCCGUGGUGGGCCACGCCAACGAGGAGGGGGGUGGAGGCGGCGGUGGAGUCGGAGGGGCGUCGUCUCCGCGGAAGCAGCCGCCCCCUAAGCCCAAGCGGGACCCCAACACGCGCCUGAGCGCCUCGUACGAGGCAGUGAGCGCAGGACUGUCCAUCGCGCCCAAAGACAGCCCCGCCGAAGGCUGCCAGGCCUCCCCCGCAGGCAGUCCCCCCAAAACUCAGCUGUCCCCCUCCGACCUCUCCACUGACCUGUCCAAGCCACGGCCGCACAGCGACGACUACAGCACCAUGAAGAAGAUCCCGCCUCCCAAGCCCAAGCGCAGCCCCAACACCAAGCUGACCGGCUCCUACGAGGAGAUCUCGGCUGUCCCCCUGCAGCGCCCCACCGACAUGAAGCUGGCCUUGCUGACCCGUGCCGGACACCACCACCACCCCCACUGCCUGGGCGUCCACCAGCGUGCAGCCUCCGUGGACGGGCCGCACGCGCCGGCCUCGCUCAGCCUGUACCGCUGCCCGGACGACGAGGACGUCUACAUCGAGAUGGUGGGCAAUGGGUCGCACCGGGCGCACAGCCUGCCCGAGACGGACAACCCGGAGACGGGCGAGGCCGUGUACGAGGAGAUGAAGUACUACCCGGCCGAGGACGGCGGCCUGCCUGGGUCAACAGGAGCGGUGGUUCCCGUGGCAACAAAGCAGCCUCAGGCCCAUGCCGUUCGGCCUGAGACCCUGGAGCCCCUGGUCCAGGGUCUGGAGGUAAAGAGGGUGGCCGGGACUGGACCGGGGGUCGGGAUAGGGACGGCCGAGCUCUCUGCCUUCCUUCCGCCCAAGCAGGGAGGCGGCGGCGCCAAAGACGCGGCGUCCUGCGAAAUCCCGGCACCCUUCCCCAACCUGCUCCCGCACCGGCCGCCACUGCUGAUCUUCCCGCCAUCGCCGGUCACCUGCUCGCCAGCCUCGGACGAGUCGCCGCUCACCCCGCUGGAGGUCAAGAAGCUGCCCGUCUUCGAGACCAACCUCAACUACAGCCAGGAAGGCGGCAGUAGCCCCCUCUCGCCGCAGUACGCCCGCCAGAGGGCCGACUCCUCCCCGAGCCUGUCCGUCCUCCUCCCGGAUAGGUCCACUCCGCCCUUGACCCCUCCCCCAGCCCCGGCUCCACCAAUCAGUGCCGCGCUCCCGCCGCCGGCAGCACCGCCUCCUCCUCCCUACCGGCCUCCAUCCCACUUCCCCUUCCCGCCCGAGCCGGGCUUCCUGACGCUGACCCGGGGUCACAGCGGCUCGGUGGACGCCACCUGCACCAACAACCCCACUCCUCCACUGUCUGCUGGCGUCGGUACGGGAGGCGGGAAGCCGCCGUACUCGCCGGUGAAGGGCGGCCCGUCCUCAUCGUCGUCGCGGCCCGAGCCCCGCAGGGCCCACUCCUGCUCGUCGUCGCCGCUGCUCUUCAACCCGGCCAACGGGCGCCCGCUGACCAGCCCACUGGACGAGCUCAACACGCUCUUCAGCUCCGGACGCACCCUGCUGCGCAAGUCCACCACCGGACGCAAGAUGCGCGACAGCGGGUUCAACUCCAACAUCAACCUGCCAGGUCGUGACGAGCAGGGCCCCACCUGCCUCUCCCCGCAGCUCCAGGACAAGAACGCCAACACCCACAACCACCACAACCACCACUCGCCCAACUCGCCCAGCCCCGCGCCCAGCGACAACGGCAACCAGCUCUCCAACGGGUCGUUAGAGGAUGAGGGACAUCCCAAGUCAAAUGGCUCCAGCGCCACAUUGCAGCACAGACACUUGGACAGCCAUCAUACCCAGCUGCUGCAGAGGCUGCGUGCAUGUGAGGAGGAUAGCGCCGCCCUACAGGACCUGCUGCUGUGGCGCCGGGCGCUCUGCGAGUCUCGGCCGGACUGGCAGCACCUGCUGCAUCCCCACACGUCCCCCACCAUCCUGCUCAAGAACAAGGCUCACAUGAGCAAGAAGGCCUCACCCUAGUGGCCCCAAACAGACACCACACACACACACACACACACACACACACACACAAACACACAAACACACACACUCCACAUACAGACAUACAUCCGCCCAGGACUGAUUGCUAUUGGCCCAUCCUCACAUGCUCCCGCCUACCUCCUGCAGGUCUAGUUUGGGGAUUGAUCAAUCAUUCAGAUGUGGGCGGGGUGGAAUGUGGGGGCGGGGUCAGGUGAUCUGGCUGGACUACUGGGUGAAAAGAAAGAGAGAGGGACACAAAGACUCUCUUUCCUUCUCUGUCUCUUUCUCUCUCACUCCUAUCACUCCAUUCUCCCCAUAUGUUUGUUCCUAUUAUGUUUGAAAGACACAGAUGAGAAAAGGUGUGUGGUGUGUGUGUGUGUGUGUGUGAGGGGUGGAGGGGGUGGUAGUCUCUCCAACCGCACCUACGGCUGAGUGGGACCAAAAACAGCAUGGCGCCUUGGAAGGCCCACCACUGCCAGGCCUCCAUGCCCAGGGAUGGAGCUUCGUCACUGGGCUGAACCCCCUGCUUGACUGGAGCUCUCUCCCACAGACCAAACCAUCAUUUCAUAUGAGCGCCUUGGGGGGGGGGGGUCAAAGGAGCAUCCUUCUCACCUUAAGAGUCAUCAUCAUCAGCACAUACCUCCUGCAUCCAGUGUUCCUCUCUGUUGCUGUCUUCAGGAGUUAGUGGUCAGUGUUCGAGAGCUUGUGACCGUAACUGGUGCUGAAUUACGCCGAGAUGUUAGUGUGACGGGCAUCUUUGAAGUUUACAAAAACAUGAAAGAAAAGCAAACAGGAACAUUUACAUGAUAUUUGUUGUGGGCAGAUGUUGUGUCCUCUGACAUCUGGUGUGCUCAAGCUUUGUUUUUAUUAUUGUUAUUACUAUUAUUGUUUGUGUGAUUGUUUUUAUGUAUUUAUGUUUUUGGUUUAUUUGCUUCCAAGCGAUGACUCUUCUUCAGGUUAAAACAUGCGACGCAGCUUCGCUUUCAGGCUUUCCGCUGGUGCUUAUAUGACCAUCUGACUGGUCUGAUUCGUUACCCUGACAACCCCUCCUCUGGUUCCCCCAACACACACCGUUCGUUUCAGGGAAACUUCAGAGAAUACCACAAGGUGCACUUUAAAUACUUUGCGUGCCACCAACCAACCAACACCACCACCAGCAGGACCCUCUUCAUGCCUAGCCAACAUCACGCAGCAGAAGUGUAGCUCAGCACAUAUGCAUGCACACACAUACACACACACACACACACACACACACACACACACACACACACACACACACACUCACAGAGCCAGAGCCAGACACACCCCUGCAGAUAUGUAUUCAUUGCUAGUUAGCCUCUAAAGAUGCAAGUGAAUAGCUUUUAGCUUUUAGCUCAUUAGCUUUUAGCUUUAGCGUGUGAAAAGGCCCAUUGAGCAGCAGUGAGUAGAGUCCUAGCUUUGUCCACUAUUGUCCACAUGCUACAGGUGCAUGGGCCAUCCCACACAGUUGCUUUCCCAGCACUAAAUACACACCAACAAGUUAUUCUUUCAAGUGGCAAAAGACAAAAAUACAUAAGACACUGCACAUGCAGGCAUACAUACAAAUCAAACACCUUCGACUUCAGAUGAUGACCAAGCUCAAGUGUACAGACAAUAUCCCUCACUGUCAGUUCUAAACCUGUGGAACUCUUCAAGUUUUUGUUUUUGUUGUUGUUGUUCAGUAUACAAAAAAGUUUGCCUGUCUGAAAAGAAGAGACGAAAAGAGAAUAUGCAUAAAAAAACAAGACAAGAUUCUUUCAUCUAGUUCAUCCAGAGUCUAUAGGCACAUAAGACAAGAAAUAUUUAGACUUUCCUUUGCGAUUGACUCUUGUGGAAGGCCCUGUCAAAACCCACUCAUGGAGAGCCACCAGGAGUCCACUGGAUCAGUAUCCCACAAGGACUCACCCAAUCCUGGGUAGCUACAGCUCGUUCCAGGGGUUGCACUUCUGGAGCUCAUGGCAGGAGUGUGAAUUCUGCAUAGAGCAAUGGGAUCAGUGGAAGAACAAUUGGAAGGCUCGAGGUUUAUCAACCGAAGGGGAGUGGAGUGAGGAGGACAGUAUCAAUGGACGAUCUGCCAUGAAUGCAAGGACAUAGAAUGAAUGUGAGGGCUUACUGCAAUGAUAGAAAGGGUGCAUUAACUGCAAGGGGUGUAUUUUUGAAAUGUGAAUGUUCUCUUUUAUCUUUUUUCAGGGGGUGGGGUCUGUAAUGAAACUGAACGAAUGAAUGAUUUUCAGUCAAUGAAUGAUUGAAUCCCAACCCCUAGCAGUUUGUCUUUUAAUGUUCACAGAACGUUUUUUGUCUCUCUCUCUCUCGUUUUAACGUUCCAGCUUUGAAGAGAAAAAUGUCAACUUCAGUUGCACAUCAUUGCUAUGAGUCAGAAAAAAAAAACACUUCUGUUUCACUGAAAGGAAACACUGUCUCUGUUUUGCAAUACAUUGCAAAUGCACCUUGAUGAAAAGUACAUAUUAACAUUAGACUGCUGUGACACCCACAUUACUGAGUCAUGUGAGUGGAAUAAGGAAGUUGAGUACAAUGGGGAUGGAGAUUCACCAUCUGGCCACACACAGUGUCACUAUAUGUGUAUUACGUAUCUCUGUUCUUCUUGCCAUAGACUUCCUGUAAACAUAUCAGUAGUUUACAGUUGCCAUGGGUUUUUUGAUAGAUCAACAACCCUUGUCCUUACUCCCACUGCUCACAUGAUUGAGAUAGUGUAUGGCCAGUUACUGAACAGUGCGGCGCACACGCAUCAAAUGGCAUAACCCCCAGACCGGAAGUGAUGUCAUCUACAUCUGCAUCUCGGGCGCUUGUCUUAGUUGUCUUCCCCGGUGCUGUUGACUGUGACAGUGUCGAUUCCCACAGGAGGUUGGCUCCUAAUGGCGGAGCUGCAGCUCUCCAGUCUGAAGUGCCCUCGGCAUCUCCUGCUGGGUUUGUUUGCGUCAGCGCCGCUGAUUUUCCUGAGAUGGGAAUCAAUCCCUCGCCAAUACUCAUCUAAACGGCUCAUUGGCUGGAGAAGGUGUGUAAUAAGCAUGUUGCACAUGCACGGUGAAAGAUGCCAUUCUACACUCAGACCCCUGAGACCCAGGUUAAUCGUAAUUUACACUUAAAACCAGCUCGACCUUGAGCACAAGCGUGACGUGGGCAGAGCAGAACAAGUGUUGGACACAGUUCAGGCUCAAGAACGCACACA